ACGCUGUUUGCGGUUAUGGAUGCACACGCGUAUGGGACUGAGUGUCAGGCUGACAUUGCUCUGAGACUCAUUUGUUUGUCAACAAUAUUGAUAAAAGCAGAUAGCAGAGUGGCGCAUGAUCGUUCGUUAUCAGUCCAUGAGAUGUGCGACAGGCGGGAGAGGCUGCGCCACAUUGCCGCAGCAGACAUGGCGGGCGCCACGCGAGCCUGCGCGCUGCUGCUCGCGCUCGCGCUGUUGCCGCCGUCUCACGAACGAGAUGCGUACCACAAGUCGUUACGUGGCUCGGCGGCCAGCACUAGGUCCCAUGUUACGGAGAUGGAGCUUGAGCCCGAGUUGAUGUCAGAGGCGCAGGCCGCCAUCAACGCUCGCCUGGAACGAGUUGAAAGCGUGAAGAAAGCGCGUAACGUCAUCAUGUUCCUGGGCGACGGCAUGUCGGUGCCCACGCACGCCGCGCGCACGCUGCUCGGGCAGCGCCAAGGGAAAACGGGAGAGGAGACGCAGCUAGCUUUCGAAAAAUUCCCUACUGUUGGACUUGCAAAGACGUACUGCGUGGACGCGCAGGUGGCGGACUCGGCGUGCUCGGCGACGGCGUACCUGAGCGGCGUGAAGGCCAACUACGGCACCAUCGGCGUGAGCGCUCACGUGCCGCGCGCGGACUGCUCGCGCGCCGCCGACCCGCAGCACCAGCUGACGUCCAUCGCCGCCUGGGCGCUCGCCGACGGCCGCGACGCCGGCAUCGUGACGACGACGCGCGUGACGCACGCGUCGCCCGCGGGCGCGUUCGCGCACACGGCGGAGCGCGACUGGGAGAGCGACGCGGACGUGGCGGCCGACUGCGCCUGCGCCGCGCCGCGCCAGCCCGACAUCGCGCUGCAGCUCGUGCGCGACCACCCCGGCCGACAGUUCAAGGUUAUUUUGGGAGGUGGACGUCGCGAGUUUUUACCGAACACUACUAUCGACGAAGAAGGAUCCAAGGGCAGGAGACUUGAUUUUAGAAAUUUAAUAGAGGAAUGGCAGGAAGACAAAAAAGCACGAAACGCCACCUAUCAGUACGUAUGGAACCGGAAGCAGUUAAUGGACACCUCGAAAGAACUGCCCGAUUAUUUGCUCGGUUUAUUUGAAAGCAGUCAUAUGCAAUACCACAUGCAAGCCAAUGCCGACACAGAGCCGACUCUCGCUGAGCUCACUGAGGUCGCGAUUCGGUCGCUGAGCCGCAACGAGAAGGGCUUCUUCCUGUUCGUGGAGGGAGGCCGCAUCGACCACGCGCACCACAAGAACCUAGCGCAGAUGUCGCUGGACGAGACCGUGGAGCUGAGCGCGGCCGUGGCGCGCGCCGCCGAGCUGCUGUCCGAGGACGACUCGCUGCUGCUGGUGACGGCCGACCACGCGCACGUGAUGGCGCUCAACGGGUACUCGGCGCGCGGCAGCGACGUCCUGGGCCCCGCGGGCGACCGCGGCGACGACGGCCUGCCCUACAUGACGCUCUCGUACACCAACGGGCCCGGCUACCGCGCGCCCACCGCCGACGGCGCACGCGAGGACGUCUCCGGCUCCGACUACCACGACGUAGAGUUCGCGUACCCGACGAGCGUGCCGCUGGUGGACGAGACGCACGGCGGCGACGACGUGGCCGUGUUCGCGCGCGGGCCGCACCACUCCAUGUUCACGGGGCUGUACGAGCAGAGCCAGCUGCCGCACCUCAUGGCCUACGCCGCCUGCAUCGGCCCCGGCCGGCACGCCUGCCAAAACUGAUUUCCAAUUUCUGUGAUUAUUAACUUACCUCAUAAAAAUACAUACUUUAUCCUAAA